UGCUGGUUUUGCUUUGCCUUUACCGAAGAGCCACGGUGCGAAUACGGAUGGCAUUUGCCUGUGGCGCAAGAACCUCUUGUAGUCACUGGCGGUGGUCGCACAUGCGAACAGGGGAGACGCGAGCACUACGUCUGGCAAUACUGGAAGAACGGUGCCGUUGACAUUCGUCAUAGUCGGCGUUCUCUUGUUUCCUGGAACCUCUGCAAAAGGCAUUCACCCCUCAGGGGAAGUGGAUCAUGCCAGCGUUUCUCUGGCUCUGAGAAACCAAUCUUCGUGAACAGCAAUUUCAUCUUGUGAACCUGCGACAAAGCAGUCGCACACGCCCAAAACUUGAGGCCCAACGGUUUUCUGAACGAUAGUGAUAUCGACAUUGUCGAAGAGGGACUUUCAAUUGUCGAUGCAACCAUCCACGCGUGAAACCGAGUCGAACUGUGUGAUGACAACACAUUGCUGCGUACUUUUUCAUGGGGAAGGCUUUCACCGGAUUUUCUGUGCUCCACACACCGAAUCAAUAGGGUGCGUGGAGCGGUUUGCAGAAGGAAGCAAUCUAGCGUCUCUUCUUGGCAAUGAUAUCGAGAGGAACAGGGGGGGACGACGACGUCGAGGAACAGUUAGAGAAAUUCUCCGACGAAUUACUUCUUGCCAGUGUCCGAACUAAGCGUUCGACGGUUGGCUCCUAUUGGUCUGCAGGCGCCUCUGGUAGCAACCUUGGAAGUAGGUUUCACUCUUGCCAUGUCUGGCGGACAUAUACAUGAAGUACUCGAGUGCUUUUGAGAACGCCCUUUUGGCACAGCACUGGCAAGCUCUCCGCCACCGCGCCUGAGCCACCCAGAAGCGCUCUUCUGUCUGAUGGUCUUCAGGUUGCCACUUUGCUUCGUUUACCAGUUUCACCGGCCCGGUGGGCGUUCUUUUUGAAGAACUUGUGACUCCUCUUGCGGAGUGUGUGGCCCGCUACCAGGAGGUACCGAUGGUCUUCCGGGUGCCGUACUUCCUCUCUCAGCAGCAGCUGACAGACUGUUUCCACCCUCUGUACAGAUGGUAGACCCAGAACUCAUGGAUAAUGCAGAAUCUGGGGCGGUCGACGUAGAAGACCUCAGUGCACCUUCUUUGGAUCCCCCACCGUCUCCGUCGUCGCCGCCUUCCCCGCGGGAGCUGGCUCGUCUCGAGCCGAGUGAGAGCCCUCAGACGCCUCCAGUUUGUCUGUUUCAACUGGCAGGCGAGACCUUCUAUUUGCAUGACUGGGUUCGCUUGAAGAGCUCCGGCGAACGCGACUGGGUUGCCCAGAUUGUCGCCUACUUUCCCGGCUCCGAUUCGGAGAAGUCUGGUGGCGUCGAGGAUGCCGACGGCGGUUCCGGUGGUCGCAUCCUUUGUCGAUGGGGCUGGGAUCCGCGCGACCUCAGGCGGGAGGCGUGCCCGGCGUUGCCUCUUCAGUCAUACAGCCGCUUCGAGGUGAUCCCAGCCAUAAAUUUUUGUGACGAAAACCCGAUUCAGAGCAUCAAGGCGAAGGUCCGAGUCGAAAAGUAUGAAAAGUGGAAGCGCCGAGCCGCUUUUCCGCCGCUAGUCAGGUGUACAGCUGACGACGAGGAAGAUGUAGAUAAGGACAAGUCUGGACAGUCUGGCAACGCGGCUCAGCGGGACUCCGACCCCGGACAGACCUGCAUGCCUUCCGUCCUGUUCUAUCGCCAUAGCCACGAAAUCGAGACGGGUUUCCAUCCUUCUCUCGUGGCGGAUGUCUUCCGCUUUAAACGCAUCAGUCGGUCUGCGACCGCCCGCGGCGGCUCGCUGUCUGCGGAUCUGGCUGUAGCAGGGUCGCCGUCAAGCGGCACUAAAAGCGAGCACGGUGGUGACGAGAUCGCUCAGGCCAUUGAUCUUGGCUCCGAGGGAGAAGGGCCUGCGGCCAAGGGUGGAUUCUCGGAUGCACGCUCCGGAGACUUCGCAGCGCCGACGUAUCGUAGGUAUCCGUCUCUGCGAAACCCGGAUGUUCGCCACUUCUUCUGUUGCAACUGCCGGAGCACCUUUGCCCCGCCAGACGACGUCGCCCCGCCUGUUUGGCCCGAUCCGGAGGAAGUUUCUCAGGCGGAAGGUGGAAGAUACUUACUGGACGCUGGGAUUUCUGCUUCGUACCAUCCUGCGGUGCUUCCCCCAGAAGGCCCUGGCAGUGCAGCAGGGCCCCAUAGCGCUGGCGAGGCGACUGGCCCGAGUCGACAGCGAGAGGAAGCGAAGGCGACGCCGCAACCUCCUCAACUAAAACUCCUGUUGCUCGAAGAGUUCCGCAAUUCCACAGGGGACCGGCCGCUCUCCGUCCUCAGUCCGGUCCAGCUCCCCUUCGUGUGGAUGCGGACCCCUGCCGAAGGAGACUUCAUCAUUUUGUGCUGGAAGUGCACAGGGAAGCGGCGCAAAAGGCGCGAAGAGAGUGCGGGGAGAAAGCCGGCAGCUGCAGCGACCUCGGCUUCUCGAGACUCAGGUGUGGUGAACCGCCGGAAGCGCCGUGCCGAAACCGAGGACGAGGCUGGCGAGGGCCCCCCGGCCGGUCACAGUCUCAGGCGGCGCGCAGGCCAGAGAGGCGAAAAACCGGCACGAGAGAACGAGGCUUCGCACGCGUUGUCGCAGCAAACGACGGCGCAGAAAAUCGCUGGAGACUCGAUGGCUUUUGAAGAGACUGGACAACCGAAGGACCGAUCGGAGGUUUCGUACGGCGAGACAGGCGAGAAGAGCCAAGGCGAGGGCAGUGGAAGUGAAAACACAGCGCGAUCUGGUCCGAGACAAGAAGACGCAGAACCAAGCCGGAAAAGGCGAAAGGCAGCGAGUGGAGUCGCCCGUGUGGCCGCCGCCAUGGCUGCUGCGGAAGCAUCAAGCGACGCGGACAUGGACGAGGAUUCCGACGCCGAUUUCGUCGCACACAGUGAAGAGGAUAGCGGCGGGCGCUGUAGUGCAGCUGCAGCAGAGCCACGAGCAAAGCUGAAGCGUUCGUCCCGCGUAGCUGGAGAUGCGGAACCGCCUGAAGCUGCAUCUCCCUCGCGAAAGGCGAGGAAGGAGAGCGCACCAGCAAAUGGAACUUCGAGUUCUAGCGGGCCGGCAGCUCGCAGGAAGUCUUCAGGGACCUCGGCAGCCGCGCCGCUCGGGUCGCGCCGCUCUUCAGCCGGGGGGGGGCUUCUGAGUGGGCCGGGAUCUGGGGCUACUCGCCCCGGAGGGCCUAGCGAUUGGCAGGCAGGGAAUCAAGCUCGCGUUGAUCGACUGACAGAGGCGUUCCGCUUGGGGAUUCGAGAGCUGGAGGAAGAAGCGAAGCAGAGUCUCCCCGGUGAGGCUGGCGCAGACGCCCUUGCUGCCACGAAGGCAUCCGGAGUUUUUGGAACCAAGGGAGCAGAAGGAGCUGCCGCUUCGGCGAAGGCGGAGGGCGGCGAGGUUGCGGAGAGGUUGAUGACUUCACCCGGGAGUGACUCUGGGGCUGGGCGGGGUUCUGGGGGAAGCGGGCCGGAGGGCGAAGGCGGCACAGAACCGUCGAAGACCCUUCCAGAUUUGCUGUUCGCGACGGCCGAAGCAUGCGCGAAGGCUGUGAAUGCGGCGUUCGUUUCCCAGCAUAAAACUCUGGAUUCGCGGAGACAGAAGCAGCGUUUUUUCGAGCUCCUGUCGAAUCUAAAACGCGAGAACAACCAAGAGUUGCGGAAGAAGGUCUUGACGGGGCAGAUCUCUGUUCGCCGCCUCGUGACGCUGGAGUCUGCUGAGCUAGCGCCGUCGUUCGUGCGGAAGGAACGAGAAGAAGAGCGAGAGCGACAUUUCAGGCAGGCUGUCCUUCUGCAUGAAGCGCCGGCGGCCGCGUUAGCUCGGCUGCGAAAGACACACAAAGGAAUCGAGCCGGUCAUCGAGGACCCCGACCUUUUACAGACGUCGCCGCCUGCACGCGGGAUUGCGCCUCCCAUCAUCACAGUCGAGAAGACUGCAGCUGCUGCCAAGGAGAAACGUAUACGGGUGCGAGCGGAAACCGACCUCCGAGGCAGCAGUUCACCCAGCCAGAGCAGCGGCUCCAGUUCGAGCGACUCUGACGAUUCGGCUUCGGCCUCUGACAGCGACGGGAGUGAAAGCGAGGAGACUUCGGGCAGCGAGGAUGGAGAGACUAGCGCAGAGAGCGGCAGCGAGAGUGAGUCUUCGUGUGAGUUGCGGCGAGAGAAACUUGGGGGCGGGGCAAAUGGCGAGUCUGGUCACCUCGCGCAAGCCAGGCGCGAGGCUGCCAGUGGGAAGGAAAGCGGUGGAACCGGGAGCGGAGUUCAGGAGCAGCUCGCUUCGUUGAAGAGACUGUUCUCGCAGGCAACCUCCGGGGAUUUCGGCGCUGACUCCUGUCGGACCCCUGCGGUGGGAGGCGAGCGUGCAUCAGAAGGUGGGAUUCUGAAGCGCGGCGACGGAGACGCGGGAGAGAGAGGCGAAGAAGGAACAGAGAACGACGGCGUGCAGAAAAAUCGGCAGCAGCGCGAGAGACGUGUCGCGUUCUCAGAAGAGACGCACACGGCGGAUGGCCCCACGGGGAAAGGCAUCGUCAGCAAAAGCAAGAAGAGACGCCACACGUUGGCUCGUUUCAGUUCGUCUGCAAGCAGAUCCUGCGCGACGCUUCCGCGGCUCCCUGAGCUCUUGCCAAAUCCUCCGGAGGAAGAUGGUACAGAGAGAGCAGGGAACGGAAGAGAGAAUGGGAGAAAGGGCGAGGCGGCGGCGGCCCGAGCACAUCGGCAAAGCAGCGUUCUCGGUGUCCCUCUCGACUGCAGCUCCCUGAGUCCCGAUGCGUGCAAAGAUCGUGUCCGGCAUCUCCUUGAGCGGGUUCCCCUUGUAGGCAUGCAGCCACCUCCCUCCCGUCCAGGGAACGAAGACGGGGAAGGGCUUCAGACCGCCAGGACGACGCCGCUCCUCGACUACAAAGCUGUCGUGGCGUCGAUGUUCCGUUACCUGAACGUUGCCUUUGAUCGUGUGACGCUUGAUCUUCAGAGGCGAUAGAAGCGAGAGAGCUCUAGAGCCAACAGUGCGUUACCAAGACGCAGAGAGCAGAGAGCCUAGAGGGACACUGGAGGCUCGCAGCGAGCUGGGGAAAGGAGGGCUUGUCGCAUUUCUGUAGACGGGUCCAGAGGUAGUUGGUCAAGAGACGAAGAAAACAGUGGAGCAAACGAAUUCAAGACUGACUCACGGGUUGACUGCUGAAGCCCGCGAUCGAGAAUUUUAUGCCUCACGGCUGUUAUGUUCUCGCUUCUAACACGUUUGCAUCGUUGAUGGUAAACGCAGAAAAUGAAGUCUAUCAGAUGUGAUACAGUCCACAGCAUGAGUUCCUGGAUACCCCGGGCACGCAAAAGUGUAUGGACGCUCACGCAUAUGCAUGCAAAACAGCCAGCGAUCCCUCAAUGAAUCUACUCAGGCGACGGUGGGUCGCUGCGACCAGUCUUUUUGGUGUUGCCUGUUGUGAGGACACUGGCUCCAGCAUCCAUGUUUGUCCCACUUUUGAGAGUUGUGCCGAAUGCCUGGCGGCGCCCACAAGAGAAACGUUUUCACUGUCAAUUCAAGGGAAACAACGUACAGAUUCCUCAGGCUGUUUCUACAGCCGCGUCGUGUUUGUGACAGCUGAGGACCAUUCCGUUUUUCCUCUGAUAAAAUUGGCUUCGGCAGGACCGCAGUUCGAAACAUAACCCACCUUCCUAUGGUUGCCGCGUUCUGAUCGAAGCUAGCACCUUUAAGCUGGUCAGAAGUAUUGUUGUAUUUUUUUUCAAAGCCUGUUAUACCCAGAAAAUAACCCUUUAGAGACUUACGGAUGCAAAGGAUGAGAGACGCGUCUCCCUUAACUAUCCGGGAGCAACAGAGGGAGGCUGCGAGAAAGUGAAAUGGCUAUUUCAAACACCGUCUACGUGAAUGGCCGCGUACGCUUUCGCAGUUCUGUGUCAAAAAAGAGAAGAAGCGGACAUUACACGUCCGUCAUCAGACGACACCGAGUCCCACCCGCUGCUCGAAUCUCAACCUAGAGUCAUGCAGUUUUUAGUUUUUCACUCGUACAUUCGCUGCAUCUGUGUGGUCUACAUGUGCUUUAACAGACGCUUAUCCAUUAUGGGCUGGCCGAAGAUUGUUGAACUUUAUUUCUUCUGCAUCGCGUAUCAUCUGGGCACUGUGUCGCAUCCCGUCUCCAUCGGUAAUGAUGGCUGAGGUGUGGCGCCGGAAAAGAGAGCGUUUUCUAAAUCUCGUUUCAUUUCAGUUUACUUGGCAACGAGCAUAUUCAUCAAGCCGCUCAUUUGUGAAAUUCGAGCCAUCACAUGCGGUGUGGACGCCCGAUCUGUUUCGAGGGGGACUCUGUGGACAAGUGCCCGAGUGUCUGCCUUCUUUAGAGAGCUGUAUCCAAGGUGGCUGCUAUUCGCUUGUGUUUUUCUCCGGACAAACUCAGAUUCUUCUGUGGAUAGCGGUAAUUAACCUGACUACUCA